UGCUGCCGCCUCCCCGCUUGUCCGGGCUCUCUGGGCAGCCGCUCGCCCCAGCAGCCGGGCUUGGACCAUGGCCGGAGCCGGCAGGCGCGUAUGAAGUUGAUCCCGGCUCCGCCACCUCUCCUCCCUCCAGCCAAGGUCCUGACACCCAAGCUACCCCAGAGCCCAUAAGCAGGAUGCCAGGGCUCUUUAACCGGACAAGCAGCUCCCCCCUCCCACUCACAGCCUCCGAGGUCACCUCUUGCGUCAGUGGCUAUGCCUUUGGGAUGACCGCCUCCCUGACCUACGGCAACCCAGAGGCCCAUCCUUUUGAAGGUCUCUUUGUCUACCCACUGGAUGAAUACACCACCGUGGUUGGGUUCGAAGCUGUUGUUUCCAGGAGGGCUGUGACCGUGCAGAUCAAAGCCAAAGCCAAAAUAGAUGACUGUUACUUGGACUGCGGGAGCCUCCCCAGUGGAAGAGCGCAGGAUAGCAGCGGAAGGAUCAUGCUGGAUGAGGAUUUGGAGCGAAUCGCUUUUGUGGCUAACCUGGGCGUGAUCCCUCCGCUGAAAAGCGUGUCCGUCUUCAUCAGCACCUCCUCGGAGCUGCAGACUCUUCCGAGCGGUGCCGUGAGGGUCCUUCUCCCAGCCGUGUGCGUCCCCAAGGUGCCCCAGUGCGGCGUGGAAAGCACCAGCCUCUCUGGACAUCAGCUCCGAGCAGAUGGACAUUCCUGCGGAGGUGGGAGCCUGGAUCCGGCUAACAAGUUCUGUCUGGCCCACCUGCUGGAGAGUGAGGCCACCAACCCCACUGAAUACGAGUUCAGCUUCCACCUGGAGAUCCGGGGGCCCUGUGUCCUCGCAGGAGUCGAAAGCCCGACACACGAGAUCCGAGCUGACGCUGACCCCUCUGCCCGCUCUGCCAAGAGCAUCGUGAUCACGCUGGCCAACAAACACACUUUCGACAGACCGGUGGAAAUAUUAAUCCAUCCGAGCGAGCCCCAUAUGCCUCAUGUCUUGAUGGAAGAAGGUGACAUGACCCCUACAGCAUAUGAGCAACACCUGAAGGGGAGAAACGAUUUCAUUAAAGGGACCAAGAAGGACCCCAGUGCCGAGAAAAAAACGGAAAUCAUCAGGAAACGUCUCAACAAGGACAUCCCUCACCACCCCGUGAUCAUGCUGAACUUCUGCCCUGACCUGAGAAGCAGCCAGCCAGACCUCAGGAAAACCCAGGGAGAGUUUAUAUUUCUGAUCGACCGCAGUGGGAGCAUGAGCGGCACAAACAUCAGCCGCGUCAAGGACGCCCUGCUGGUCAUACUCAAGAGCCUGGCACCGGCCUGCCUCUUCAACGUCAUUGGAUUUGGGUCGACCUUUAAGACCCUCUUUCCUUCCAGUCAAACUUACUGUGAGGAGAGUCUGGCUAUUGCGUGUGAGAGCAUCAAGAAGAUCCGGGCGGAUAUGGGUGGCACCAACAUCUUAUCCCCUUUGAAGUGGAUCAUCCGGCAGCCCAUCCACAGGGGCCACCCACGCUUGCUCUUCCUGCUGACUGACGGAGCGGUUAGCAACACCGGGAAGGUCAUUGAGCUGCUGCGGAACCACUCUUUCUCCACCAGGUGCUACAGCUUUGGCAUUGGGCAGAAAGCCUGCAGGAGGCUGGUGCGCGGGCUGGCUGCCGUGUCCAAGGGGAGUGCAGAAUUCCUGGCGGAGGGCGAGAGACUGCAGCCAAAGAUGAUCAAGUCUCUGAAGAAGGCUAUGGCACCCGUCCUGAGCGAUGUAACUGUGGAGUGGGUCUUUCCUGAAACCACUGAGGUCUUGAUCUCCCCAGUUAGUGCCAGCUGUCUCUUCCCUGGCGACCGGCUGGUUGGGUAUGGCAUUGUCUGUGACACGUCCCUGUACAUCUCCAACCCCAGAGCUGACAAGAGGCGGCGCUACAGCAUGAUGCAUUCCCAGGAGUCAGGCAGUUCUGUUUUCUUUCACUCCCAGGAAGAGGGAGCUGGCUCAGACAGCUGGAGCUAUCCCAAGGACUCUGAGGGGGGACUCCCUUCAGAGCAGACCCCUGAUCUCUUGGUGGUUGGUGGAGAACCAAGGAGAGAAUCUGACCCAGAUACUGGGCUGGACCCUAAAUCCUCCUCCAGGCGAAGGGUGUACAGCACCAAUCAGAUUGCCGACCCCGAGCCUUUCAAGAGGGUCCCCACAGCCAGCGAUCCGAGCGCAGCCCUGGGGAAGAAUCCUCUUCGCAAAGCUCACAUACAGGAUCUGUGCCAACUCAGCCUGGAGCCACAGCUGUGGCCAGCGGAUUUCCAGCCUUUCACCACCAGCCCCUAUGUCGCCACCACACGGAUACGAGGCGCCGGCGCCAGGAGGCCUUCUCUGCUGCACCAGAGCUGCAUGUCGUUUUGUCAGGACGUGGAUGCUCCCCACCCACAGGAUGGUCUCCAGCACAUGGUUCCAGGCAGGUGCCUAGGUCAGCCAGAGACCAGCUCUCUCCUGAGAUCCUCCUCGGGAAGCCGGAGUCCUGGGGAUCAGGAAUCUGCCCAGCACCCUUCCUUUGCCUUUGAAACAGAGACUUCGUUAGACUGGGAUCCCCAAGAUCUUGAUCUCAGCUCCUCCAGGGGGUGCCCGCGCUCCCCCAGGGCCACCUGCAAGGCGGUGGUGAAGGGGUUAAGGAGUAAUGAGCCUGUCCAGUGGGAAAUCACCUUUGACAUCCGGCCUCUGUUCCAAGACAGAGAGAGCUGUGAGAACAGCGAAGGAGAUGUGUGGAACGAGACCUUCCACCACUUGGCGGCCAAGUCCAUCAUCCGGGAUUUCGAGCUGCUGGCCGAGAAGGAAUGUGAAAUCGAACACGGGUCUGGGAGGCGGUACCAGGUAAACGCUGUGCAGACCAGCAGAGCCUGCAAUGUCAUCAGCAAGUACACGGCCUUUGUCCCGGUGGACCUGAGCACCAGUGGCUACCUGCCAACCGUGGUCGAAUAUGCCAAUGCAGGGCUAGCAUUCAAACAAGGUGGCCAACGGAGCUCAGGCUCAGGAAGCAGAAGGCACCGAGUCUUCUCCGUCGGACUCGGACGCACCCAGUCAACUUGCGGCCAGGAUGGCGCAGACGAUGGAUUUUACAGCAUGAAUGCAGAUGAAAACAGCCAAUUGCCAAGCAGUACACCCGUCUCUUCCGGCUGGGAGUGCUACAGUGUCCCAGAAGCUCCGCUGCAGAGUCCGUCUGCUUCCUCUGCUCACUCCCAGAAGUCCAUUGAUACCCUUUUUUCUGCCAGAUUGACCCUUCAUAAAACGAGACUGCUGACUCGAGCAGCCAAAGGUUUCAUGAGUAAAUCCCCAAGUCGGGUGAAUGAACCCAGCUCUGAGAGCAGCAAUGAAAACAUUGACUACCUACCCCUGGUUUCUCUGCAGUUGGCCUGCGGUGCCUUCCUGCUGAACCCGGCGUUCUGCCACGCAAUCAGCAUUCCCAUGGAGAAGCUGAAGUGGACAUCUCCAUUCACCUGCCACCGGAUGGCUCUUAGCCCCUCCGCCAGCUCCUACAACGCUAAGAAGUCAGGCCCACCUUGGGAACCCAAGAGCCCUGGAUGCAGCCGGCAGCUGCUGGCACCGAACGACAUUCCUAGAGAGAGCUCCUCAGACAGCGACUUCACUCCCGGUGCAGCGCUGAACGGCUAUGGCGAGGCUACGGGAGAUGCAGGCCGGCCUCGCCACUUCUCUGGCAGCGCAGUGGAAAGCCUGUCAAAGGCCCUGAAAGCUGAGAACGAACUCUCACCCCCUGCCAUCACUAUCCGCCGCUUCUCCUCCCCUGAGAGCACCCAGUCCCCUUGGGAGCCGCAGAGCGACAGCGGCAGAGGCUCGGAGUCCAACAGCUCCGAGCUGCAGUCUCUGCUCUUUGACAUCGAGCUGCACCAGUGGGCUGAGCCAGAGGGGAUGCUCUGGGCCACAGCAGUCGCCCUGGCCUGGCUGGAGCACAGCUCAGCCUCCUACUUCAUCGAGUGGGAGCUGGUGGCUGCCAAGGCCAGCAUGUGGCUGAGCCAGCAGGAGUUCCCAGAGGGCCGGAGCCUGGGGACCGUCAAGGCUGCAGCCCGCCAGCUGUUUGUUCUGCUCAGGCACUGGGACGAGAACCUCGAGUUCAACUUGUUGUGCUACAACCCCAACAACGUGUAGGAAGGGGGAGUGCGAAAGGGGGGAGUCAGGCAGCCAGCUGAGAGAGCCUCUGGGUACAGGGACUGAUCCUUAAAGAAACACAGUCUAAUGGCGAGCUCCACCACUACCGUGCCAUGCCAGGCACCUUUAUUAGGACAAGCCUUUCUGCAGGCCAGAAAACAACCAAGGUCAUUCAAAUCCCAGCACUAAACAAUUAUUCUUCUUGUUGUUUAAGCAGGGUAUGAUUCACCUGUAGCACUCUCUGCUGCAGGAUGUUAUUAAGGUCAAUAUCUAAAUGAAAGGAUUAUUCAUUUCUGUGAAUAGGAAUAGCAUCUCCAGUUACACGAGGUACUAGGCACCUUCCCUUCAGGCUGGGCUUCAUCUGAUCACCAGCACCAGUCCCAGAAAGAGAAUCCAAAACCUUCAUUCAACCAUCUCAUCCUUCACAGUUCACCAUCCAGCCAAGCCCUUCCCUUUUCACCCAGUCACCAUCAAUCCUAUGUUCAUCUUUUCACCCAGAGCAUUUCCAGCCGUGAUUCAUCGUUCCCCAGUCUCCAUCUAGACUGCGUUAUCAUGAAGAUUAACAUGUGUCUCUUGUCUCAGGGAUUUUGUGUUCGAGCAGCUGCUCUGCCUCAUGGGUCAAGGUUACAGGAGAUCCAGACUGCGGCCAAGCAGCUUAAGAUGGAACAGCAACUCUGGGGAUGGGGAAAACAAUGGAGUGAAUUGCCAGGUCCUCCCAGAUCACUCAUCCUCUACAGCUGUGGAGCUGGACUGGGAUUUUCAAAGGGGCCUACAGGAUAUAAAUACCCAAAUCCUACUAUAAUCCCACCUGGGUGCAUAACUCCCUUAGGCUUCUUUGGAUAGCCUGGUCUUGGUUCCAGGACAGUCUUACAGGUUGGUUCACAGCUGACAAUGUGCCCUAGAAUCUUUUGCAUGCAGAGUUGGGGUAGGCUGGGGCCAGAUUGCACAGCGAGCAAGCAGCCGGAGGAAUGCAGGAGGUGGAUUAAAGCAAAUCUGUUGCCCAGGCACUUUCAGGCCCAGCGGAGCAGAACUAGUAGAGUGCACCUUGGAUAAGAGCAGUGAAAGCUUUUCAGUCCCCAUCGGUGCAUUGAGUACAUUCCUGCUAGAAGGGCAGCCUCCUGGGAGAGGCUGUAUCAGUGAUUAGACUGAUAUUACAUUUAAUCUGACCAAGAAGGUCUAGGCUUGCAUUGUAUCCAUGUCUUUAAGCCUGUGCCACUUUGUCCAGUGGCUUUGAAGCUUGUGUUCUUACACUUAGAUUUUCUGACCCUCAUGCAAAACAGUCUGCUGCUCCGUUGAGAGCUUCUGCUAGCCAUGCUUGUGGGUCAGGGGUCUGGUGGAGCUCUUUUGCCAUUGGACUGGCCACCUUUCCUCCCCGACCCUUCCCAUGCAGACUGAGUGCCACUUUCUUGUGUCUACUGCAGACGUGUUGCAUGACCUUUCAUCCUAUCUCCCCUCUUGAGUGUGUGGGCAAAGCUAAGCGCUGCCCAGCAUCCGUCUCUUGACUGCAUCUUUUGAACAGCUUGGAUUCUAUCAUCCUUCCUCUAGCCUCGCUGCUGAAUUUGUUUCCAUUCUCGCAGUGUUGUGUUUUGACUUGACUGCCAUACCCCAGCACAGCAUACGACAGGCAGCAUCUGUGGAUACCUGGCUCCAUGCUUCUUAAUACAAAGUGACAGCUGAUAGCAAAUUGAAUUGACAGACCCUUUUUUGACUCUAAUUACUCAGCAGGAACCGUUCUGAAUCAGUUAUUCAUAGUGGAAGGCAACUUUAAGCCAGAGACUCCAGCUCUCAACAGCGUCACCAGAACCGGUCCCAUUAACUCCUGCUAAUGCCAGUAACCCACCUUGGCUGACAAUUGUCAGAAGCAUAUUAAUUAAAUGAAAUACAUUACAACCUCCUUAGUUCAGAAUAGAUUGAAAAUUAAAGACCAGAUUCUGCCCGUGGGCUCAGCGAUAGGACUCAUUGAAAUCAAUGGGCGUUUGGACACACGUAUCCAAGGACAGAAUGUGACCCUUCCAUGACAAACCAAUCAGCGCAACUUGCUUGUCCUAAUCAAUGUGCAAACAAGUGUGGCUGUCUCAUCGGUGGGGACAGAUGGUGAGCGCAUCCUAAUUGCCAUGCAGGGAAGUGGGUGAUGCCCUAACAUCAGGGCGUCUCCUGCAUUCAAAUUUUAGGCUGACAUUCAGGAAAACAUCCCUAUUCAAGACAACACUUAAGCAUGUGUUUAGGUCCCACUGAAAUCAAUAGAAUAUAAAGCACCUGCUUCUCUAUAUCUGGCCCAUAGUCAUUAACUGCUCCCUGGCUACAGAGACUUGGAGGUCUUGGAUGAAAGAAAGCUAAAGAUUUGAGGUUGAUGGGUGAGGAAUGGAGCUGGAGAAAGUUUGUCAACCCAAACAUUUUCCAUCGGAAAACCUGGUUUAGUUGACGUUGACAUUUUGGAGGGAAAAAUGUUGAUUUCAAUGAAUUUG